AUGCAGUUCUUCACCGUCAUCGCCUUCGCUGCUGCCGCCAUUGCCGCACCCGCUGCCCUUGAGGAGCGCCAGCUCCCAGUCUGCACUGGAGGCUCUCCUCUCUGCUGCGCUACCGAUGUCCUCAACCUUGCUGACCUCGACUGCGCUACUCCUGCCACCACCCCCACGAGCACCAACGAUUUCAUUGACAUCUGCACUGCCGCCGGCCAGCAGGCCAAGUGCUGCAUCCUGCCCAUCCUCGGCCAGGCUCUCUUCUGCUCCGACGUCAACCCCACUGCCGACACCACCACCGUCACUGCUCCCCGCUUCUUCUGCUUAAGCACAGUCUGA